CACCAUCAGGUGUCCCCACCACAUUUUCUCCGACGACCGCGGCUCGGUCACUUCCUGUCCCCGGUAGUGAACACACGAACAGGCAGCAGGCAGCACACACGUGAGAGGCAAAGAAAACAGCCAAAACAGACAACUGACACAAGAUGGACUUUACAGAGGUUCCCGUGAGUCAGCACAACAAGGGUAAGAAAAAGAAGAAUAAGACGCCGAAGAAGAAGAGAGUGAGCGGGGAGGGAAAUGGAGACGGCGGCGGAGUUGAGCCGAAGGAGGAGCAGGAGGAGAAGAUGGAGAAGAGCGAGCAGGCAGCUACUGCUUUCCCCCCCAGCUUCAGUGUGUCCGAAAUCAAGAAUAAACAGCGGAGACACCUCAUGUUCAUGAAGUUCAAGCAGGAGAAAAGAAAGCAAAAGUUGCAGCUGAAGAAAAAGAAGAAAAAAGAAAGGGAAGCUUUAGGUGACAAGGCUCCACCAAAAGAGGUCCCGAAGACGAUAGAAAACCAGAGGGUGUAUGACGAGACAACAGUCAACCCAGAAGAUGAAGAGGUUGCAUUUGACGAGGGAACUGAUGAGUUUUCUUCCUACUUCAAUGGGCUGACAAACCCCAAAGUGCUCAUCACAACAUCAGACAGACCCAGAGGGAGGACAGUGAGGUUUUGUGAGCAACUGGCCACAGUGAUCCCAAACGCCCACGUGUACUACAGAAGAGGUUUGGCCCUGAAGAGAGUCGUCCCUCAGUGCAUCGCCAGGAACUUCACCUAUGUCAUGGUCAUCAACGAGGAUCGCAAAGUGCCCAAUGGUCUGGUUCUCUGUCAUUUACCUGAUGGGCCGACAGCACACUUCAAGGUCAGCAGCGUACGACUACGUAAGGAGAUGAAGAGACGAGGCAAAGAGCCAACUGAACACUCCCCAGAAGUGAUCCUCAACAACUUCAGCACACGUCUGGGCCACAGCAUCGGCCGGCUGUUUGCCGCUCUCUUUCCACAAGACCCCCAGUUUGUUGGUCGACAGGUCGCCACCUUCCACAACCAGAGAGACUUCAUCUUUUUCAGAUUCCACAGGUACAUCUUUAAGAAUGAGAAGAAAGUUGGCAUUCAAGAGCUUGGACCCCGCUUCACCCUCAAGCUGCGCUCUCUGCAGAAAGGCACAUUUGACUCAAAGUUUGGGGAGUACGAGUGGGUCCUGAAGCGCCAUGAAAUGGAUGAAUGCAGACGGAAGUUCCAGCUUUGAAAACAAAAUAACAACCAGCCUCUCCAAGAUAUAACCACCAUUUGUGGCUUUGUACAGAUGGACUUUAAAGUGGAUAUCCAGAUCAGAGGACGACUAGUGGCCAACAAUUUACAUACAAUUGGAGGUUUAGCACUCAUGAAUGGAUUCUAUGAGAGCACAUCGCCAUAGAUUGUCACCCACAAUGACAAUGGCUUCUACAAAGCUGCAUCUGUGAUUCCUUCUGGAGACUUCUGUUUGCCACAGGAGUCUGUAGCUCAUAACAAGGACUUUUUCCACAUGCUGGGACUCCACUGAAAUCCUUAUAACAUGAACAUUUCGAACUGUGUGUGCAUGUCAGACUUGUAUUGACUUUUAAGUCCCAUCAUAUUCAUAAACUGUAUGAAUGUGGCCCAAAAUAAAUCAAAGUCAUCGUAAAUGCAGUGAAUUAAGUGCAAAAGGAGCCGUUGUCUGGAAAUCUGGAAGUCCUUCAAAUUGUCUACAGUGCAGCUGCUUUUGUAUGUGACACGACUUUCAGAUUAAUAGCGUAUGACACGAACACUUCACAGAUUUCUAAAUGUGUAUAUACCUUUUAAUAAAACAUGUAGCAGCAAGUUUAA